AUGGGAGUUCGAAUUCAAACUUUAGAGGAUGGUGAUCAAAAGAACUUUCCAAAAAAGGGCGAUACUAUCAAAAUUCAUUAUGUCGGUAAAUUAGAAAAUGGCGAAGUUUUUGAUUCUACUGAAAACAAAGGACCUUUUGAAUGCAAAAUUGGUAUGGGUCAAGUAAUCAGAGGUGUCCCUAAACUUAGCGUUGGGGAAAAAGCAAGACUUAUCAUCACUCCAGAUUAUGGAUAUGGUGAUACAGGAUUUGGCAACAUUAUUCCUCCUGGUGCAACUUUAAUCUUGUGA